AGCAGCGCUUCGCGGCACGCCUAAAACUUUUUUGGACAAGGCUGCAAGGCGAUACUUUUUUUGGAACCCGGUGUUCGCCGGACCAUGGAGCGCCCACAAACUCCACCAACGUCAUAUGGGCAACAACAGUACACCGCCGGCCUCACGCCGCAGCUGCCACAGACCGCCAACCUCACGCCGCAGCUGCCGCAGCGCUACGGCUACCCGCCCCAGGCCUACAGCGCGCCGGCGCCGGCGCCCUACGGCUUCGCGCCGCCCGUCCUGACGCCCCUGCCCAAUCAAAGACGCAGAAGACCGCGCCGGCGCCGCCAGCGCAGCCCGAACUCCCGGUCGGGGUCGUCCACGGAGCCCUCGCGCAGCGCCUCGCCCGUCGAGGCGCCGCCGCCGCCGCCCUUAAGCCCGUCGACCGACGCCUCCAACAAAAUCCUCACGAGGACCACGAGCGCGACGACCGCCUGCCUCAACGACUACGAGGCCCAAUGGAUCGCCAUGGCCACGACGCGCAAGAUGUCCGUCGACAACGCGGAAGGGCUCUUGGAGGCCGUGCGCUCUCAUACAACGAAGCGCCACGAGGGCGUCGUGCGGUGGUACACGGAAAAAAAACACUACGGCUUCAUCGAGGCGCCCGGGGCGGCCGCGACCGAUUUAUUUGUCCACGCUUCCGAGGUGACGGAGCCGUUAAGAGCGGGCGACAAGGUCUCCUUCGUCAUCGGGGAACGACGCGGCCGCUCGGCUGCGACGAAGGUCGAGGUCCUGGAGCGCGCGCCGCCGCCGCCGCCGCGCGUCUUCACGCCCGUGGCCUUCGGCGGCCAGCAGGCGGGCUUCGCGCUCUACCAGCCGUACGGCUACGCCGGCGAGGUCCCGGAGUCCGUCCCCGUCUUCUCGUGAACAUACUCAUGUCCAAGCCAAUUCAAACCUUAGCAAGAACAAGUCUAUUUAUCUAAGAAGUCUAUAUAG